UUAAUGACUAUUGGAGACUCGAUUGAGCUAGAGUACGCCAUAGCGAAGGAUAUCAUAAGCGGUGUGCAAGAUACCGCACACCUUUUGACCUAUCAUGGCACCUUUCUGUUGCCCAGCGCCGCCUAUAGACACCGCAGAGUCCUCACGUUUCCAUUAAAGGACCCUAACCUGCAGACUUACGCCAGUUUCAUGUCUGUUACUACCCGGGGGUCGUCUGCUGAGCAGCUACUACAAGCAAUCAAGGCGCUGCAUGAUGACGGAGUUAUACAUCGAGGUAUGUUGCGUCUGAUAUACCAAUAUCUCAGGCGUCCCCGGAAAAUGUCCAUACCGACAUCCCGACCCAUGUGGAAGAAUGGCCAGCUCGUUAUCAGUCUGGUGGAGUGGACCAUAACUCUCGGAUAUUUCGGUCACGCUAUCAAACCCGGCAAUUCCGUAAAGUUCAAGGUGCAGUCACCUGCUACCUAUUGCGCCCCAGAGCACGUCUACAAUGCAGAUCCGAGUUUUGCCCCUGAUAUGUGGAGCUAUAUGUGUAUUUUCGCCGAGCUUUACCUGGGCUUCUCAAUGUUUGCUAGUGCAGCGCACUCUGCAACACUCGACUUUACAGUCAGAACUUCAAGGUCUCUUCCUCUAUCUUGGAAGGGAUCUUAUAAGGGAGAUGGGAGACAUGACGAGCCGUGGUAUGACUAG